UUGUUAAAAUUUCAGUUUACUGUUCUUAGGUGUGGUGAAAAGUCGAUCUUUCUGAAGGGAACAUAAAUUUCGUUUGCUCAAAUUUAAUUAAUUAACUCAAAGCCGUUACAAAUAAAACAUUUGUCUAACAAGCCGCUGUUGAACUAACGAAAAUAGCCAGAAAAGUAAUCGAAAUCAAUUCAACAGAUCGAAUUUUAUAAAAUAACUUAAUUUCAGAGCGUCGCUUCUCAAAAUGACUAGCACCGGAUUCAACAUUGGUUUGGGCAGCGAUAAAAAUUCCAGCCGUGUUCUGAAGCCACCGGGCGGUGGUCACUCGAACAUUUUCGGUGAACCCGAACAGAAAGCUGCCCAGCCCAGACCCAAAUACGACCAGCAAAAUUCAUCGAAUUUGAAUUUCUGCAUGAACACCGUCGAUCCGAACGUGUUGGUUCAGCAACAGCAGCAGCCAGCUCAGGGCACUGAAGCUGCACCAGCUACAGACAAUGGUCAUGGUCCAGCGCCACCGAAGCCAACCAAUAACAUCACCGGACCGGCUGAAAGUGAUCGUCCAGCACAGUCGAAGGGACGAGUACCACCAGGUGGAUUCUCAAGCGGCUUAUGGUAGAUGUGUUAUGUAUUUAUCCGUAUAAUACGUUUAUGUUUUGUUGUAUGACCAAAACUAGUGCUUCGUGCUGAUAAAUAUCUUCCUCUUAAUUUUAAUGAAUUUCGGUUUCGUUUGUUGUAAUGGAACUGAAGUUUUAGUGCUUCUAUUUGUAAUUUUUUUCUUUUUCUUUACGUUUCAUCACAUAAAAUCAUCUCAUCCACUCAAAGUAUGUAACAGACUGAACCUCAAUUUAUUUUUAUCUCACAAUUUCUAAAUCGGGGGGAGAAAAACGAUUCUCCAACGGAUUUUUCUUAAACGCUAAUGGCAACAACAAUUUUUCGCUUUUAUAUUGAUAUUUAUAGGUAAAGUGUAUGUACUGAGACAUCAUAAUCGACCAAAAUUUUAUAUAAAAAUAAAUGUUCCAUUGAAUGCAUUUUUGUAAAAGAAAAAUUUAUUAAAAUUUGUGCUAACCAAAACGAAUAAAAAUUUCAAAGAAAAAUAAGAAACAAAAAAAAAUCAAUUUCUUAACAAUUUUUUUACGUAAGCUUGAUUCUCGUCAGACCAUACGACGCUGGUGAAUUUCACAUUUCAUUAUUGUAGCCAGUUUUUUUUUUAUACCAAUUUAGCGAAGAGUUACUGCGGAUCUACAUUAGCGACGUAAAUGACACCGAAUGCAAAAUUUCGUCAAAAUUUUCUAUCCGUUCCAUAUACUAAAGAACAACAGUUAUGUCUUCUCCAAGGGAAGAAAAUUGGAUAGUUGCUUUUCUAGGUUGUGCAUCUUGUGGUUGAAGCGUAGCGAGGGCCACAAAUCACCAUAGAAAACAAAACUUUUCCGCGUUACCCGAAGUUUCAUCUGAGGUGAGAAAAUGGCGUGGUGAAAAAGAAAGGACAAAUUUGGCAUUCGGUGUCUUUUACGACACAAUGUGAAUCCUUUAGUAUAUUUAUCGGUAUCGUUUAACUCUGACGAGAAUACACCUAAUAUAAUCAAUCUCUCUACUAAACAACAAAGGCUGGAUAACCGUCAGGGUGUAUUUGACAGAGUUGAUACAUUUGACUAUCUUUGAUAUUAACCUGGCCAACAAGCUAGCCACUGCCUAUUAUAAAGGAUGUACAAUAAAUUUGUCAAGGCAAAUUUAUUUGAUUGAAGAGUUAAGUGUAUUAGCUGAAAGACAUUCUGACGGGAAUGGAGAAUGCUAAAUUGAACGAACAACUUGAUAAUAUACCAAAAAGAAAAGAAGAAAA